AUGAAAAUUAUUUUUAUAAUUUUAAGUUUAUUAUUUUUUAUAGGAAUAAUUAAUGGACAUAGAAAUCAUGAUUCACCACUUAAUAAAGGAUUAAAACAUAGAGUUCCAGGAUUUGAUUCAAGACCAUCGAGUGAUAGAAGAGUGAAUCCAAACGAUCCACCAGUUCAAUGGUUUACCAAUAGAGUUGAUCAUUACGACCCACAAAAUAGAAACACAUUUAAACAAAAGUUUUAUGUGAAUGAUACUUAUUAUACACCAGGUUCACCAGUAUUCUAUAUCUUAGGUGGUGAGGGUCCAGUUGGGGCAAGUUAUGUCACAGGUCAUUUCGUAUUCAACCAAUACGCCCAAAAAUUCAACGCAUUAUUAGUAGCUAUCGAGCAUAGAUUCUACGGUGACAGUAUACCAAUGGGUAGUUUAUCAUUAGAGAAUUUAAAAUAUUUAACCACCCAACAAGCCUUAGCCGACUAUGCAGCAUUCGUGCCAUUCCUCACCCAAAAAUACAAUACUGGAAGCAGUAAAUGGAUUAGCUUUGGCGGCAGUUACAGUGGUAAUCUCAGUGGUUGGUUAAGAUUGAAAUACCCUCAACUCAUUUCUGCAGCCAUUGCAACAUCGGCACCUGUUAAAGCGCAAUUAGAUUUUCCAGAAUAUUUCGAAGUGGUUUCUCAAUCGAUCGGUCCAACUUGCAGUGCCAUCGUUUCAAACAUCACCCAAACUGUGACCACAAUGUUAAACAAUGGUCAAAAUGAUCAAGUUCAACAAAUGUUUAGUGCAUGUGAUCCAAUAGUUUCAAAAUUGGAUAUUGCAACCUUUAUGGAAUCCCUCUCGAGUGGUAUCACCGAGACAGUGCAAUACAAUCUCGAUAAUAAUAAUUACACAUUCACCAAUAUCACAGCAAUGUGCGAAAGAUUUGAGCAAUCCUCAGAUCCAAUGAAAGAAUUCAUUGAUUUCAAUAAUGAGUAUAACCAAUUCUCAGGUUCACAAUGUACAUUAUCAAGCUAUGAAAAAUCUAUACAAUAUUUACAAUCAUCAAAUUAUAAGAGUGCCAAUGCAAGUUCACGUUCUUGGAAUUGGCAAUGUUGUACUGAAUAUGGGUAUUGGCAAACUGGUUCAUCUCAAAAUCAACCAUUUUCAAGUGCAAUCACAUUGGAAUAUUUCACACAAAUGUGUACUGAUAUCUUUGGACCAAAAGGUUUUGUUUAUCAACCUGCAAUUCAAUAUAUUUUAAAUGAUUAUGGUGGUACAAAUAUUCAAGCCACAAAUGUAAUCUAUGAAAGAGGUACUAUUGAUCCAUGGUCUGUAUUAUCGGUUCAAUCACCACCAAAUAGUGAAUCUCAAGUUUUCUUAAUCCAAGGUGGAAGUCAUUGUUCUGCACUUUAUCCACCAAAACCUGAUGAUUUACCUGGUGUUACUGAAGCUAGAGAAAUGGAAAUUGCUUUAAUUUCUUCAAUAGUUUUUAAUAAUUAA